UCUAAUCAAUUUAUAUAUAAAUCGGCAUUUAUUUGCUACAGAUUUUUUUUCAGAUUCAUCAAUCACGAUAAUCAUAUUUUGUGCACGAAAAAAGAAAAAAUGUACGAUUCAAACACUCAAAUACGAGUUGAAAGAUAUAAAAAAACUAUUGCAAACUAUGAUAGCAUUCGGUUUAAACCAUAUAGAAUUGCUUUAAAAUUAAAAUUUUUACAAAAAGAAUCUAAAUUUUAUCUAAUCGAUCUAUACAAUACAAUCGAGGCAUUCCGUGAAUUCGGUCUGAAUAGCUAUUCAUCAGAUUUUAAUGCAGUUAUUUCACAUGAUAAAAUUCAUUCAAUUUUAUAUUCAAUUUUUCAUCAUUUAAGUCGUCGAUCAUCAUCUUCAAAAGAUGUUGAUAUUGAUUAUUCAGUUGUCCUUAUCUAUAAUUGGCUAUUGGAAAUGUUUAACGAUGCAUCCGAUGGUUAUAUUAAUGUUCUGGCCUUCAAAAUAGCAUUAACAUUAUUGUGUUCAUCUCUUCUUUCCAACAAAUUGAAAUAUUUUUUCACAUUGUUGGCUAAUGAAAAUGGAUUUCUUGAUGAAUUCAGUUUUACCAAAUUUAUGCAAUAUUUAAAUGAUAUUUGCAAUUAUUUUGAAAAUGAAUAUAGCAAUUUCGAUGAAAUCUAUGUCCAAGAAUCCAUAUUCAAUUUUACCGUAUUGAUUGAUUUGAAACAUUUCAUUGAAACCCUGACAAAUUUUGACAAUCAAAAUGAUUUAAUUUCCUGGAUAAUCGUUUAUCAUCGAUUGUUUGAUUCGGAAAAUGUUGUCCAUAAUAUUACAUGCGAUUCUUGCCAUAAAAAUCCGUUGGUAGGCUUCCGUUAUAAAUGUAAAAUCUGUCACAAUUAUAAUCAAUGUCAAGAUUGUUUUUGGACUGGUAAGAGCACAAAAAAUCACGAUCCAGAUUUCCAUCCAUGUAAAGAAUAUUUGUUUGAUAAGACACGCAAACAUUUACGUCAAUCAUUUCGAAGAUCUUUUCGCAAACUUAUUCCCAAACAUCAACAACAACCAGAAGAAAAUGAAUCUGCUUUUAAUCUACAAAACAAUGAUAAAUUGAUUAUUAAAAAAUUGAAUUUGUCAAAUAUCAUUUCACCUCAAGUUUAUCAUAAAAACAAAACUGCCCCUACUGCUAAUAAUGAAUUCAAACUGGAAGAUUUAUGUUCCAAUUAUUCAGAAGUGCAAAUCGAUGGAAACAAAACUGAAAACGAACAUUUACUUAUUGAACAUUAUCUGAACAUUCUGAGAGAUGAACCAGCAUCAAAUAAAAAUGGUACGACAUUCACUUGUAUUGAUAGUGAAAGCUAUGAAAAAAUUAUCACAGAAUUGGAACAAAAAAAUCGACAAUUAAUGUUAAACAUUUCGGAACUAAGCUCAUCAAAAAAAUCGCAAGAGCAAAAUCGAAAUUUUGUUGCUGAUUUCAUCUCGAACAAUAAGGAUUGUGAUGAAAAUUUUUUUGCUGAACUUUCAUCACUACGGCAGAAAAAAACCGAUCUUGAAACAUAUUUGACCUGUCUUCAAGAUCGACGAAAAAAUCUCAUGUUUCAAUUAGAUGAUUUGAUGAAAGAACUAAAAAUGUGUGAUUCAAACACGACAACCGGUCAUAAAUUUUGAAAUAAAAUUUUAUUAAAAAUUAUUAUUUCUCAUCAUAAA